AUGGAUGCCGUGGACAAGCUUGUAGAGGGGAUCAGAGAGCUGAUGAGGACUCAUGGAGCAGCCUGGCUGAAGGAUCAUCUCUGGUCGGUGUUGGCGGCGGCUCAAGAUGGCGGCGGUCUGAGCCGCCCGGCGAGGAGCAGGAGGCCUCCCCAAAGGCUUAGCCCCGUUCAUGGAGGGGCUGCCACAGGACCAAGUGCAGCGGCCUGGUUGGUGGCUGGACAGGGUAACAGACAGCCAUGCUGGCUCCCAGUGCUCCGGCGGGUACACGGGGGUGAGUGGGAGCUGCCCUUGGUGACGGGCUCACUGCAAGGAGACGCAGGUCCUACAGUGAAGCGCAUAGAUCUCGGCUGGUUCCCCCCCCAAGGUCCAGUAACAGAGGUGGGAUGUCACCGAGGGCUAGGAGGUGAGGGCCAGGUGUUGGUCAUGGCGAGCCCCUGCAUGCGUCUGGUUCCGAACCGCCAUCUGAGGCAGGCACUUCCUGGGGGGUUCAUUCGGUGA